AUGCAUCAAAUACCACGACACCCUCAAUCUGACAUUACUCCUGAUUUUAAUUCUCUUGCCUUUCUUAUAUUUCCAUUACUUGUUACAUUCUUAGCUAUUAUUAUUCUUAUUCUUUUCCCCUUUUUAAAAACUUACUUUAUUCCGUCUAAUUCUCAUUCUACUAAAUUAAAAAUUGGAAUUACUUUAACUGAUGCUUAUAGUGGAAAUACAAUUAAAAGAGUUAUAACCCGGAAUAUUCAAUGUCCAUUAUGUAAUGGAAGUGGUGCUGCACAUUCACAUGCCAUUCAUAAAUGUUCAAAAUGUGGUGGAAAGGGUGUGGUUAAAGAAAAUUUAAGACUUGGAUUAUUUACUUAUGAACAUUUAACUAGCUGUCCUAUUUGUGGAGGGAGUGGAGAAGAAAUCACAGAAAAAUGUAAGAAGUGUAAUGGAAGUGGAAAAGUAUCUGAAACCAAAGAAUUUAAUAUUGCCAUUCCUAAAGGUAGUAAAACUGGAGAUAUUAUCAAGAUAAAAAAUAUGGGUGAAAUGGGUAGUACUCUUCUUUUAUUAUUAACUGUUAAUGAUGAAGAGAAGAACUUUAAACGUCAAGGUGAUGAUUUAUUAACCAAUCUAACAAUUACUAUGAAAGAUGCAUUAUUAGGAUUUAAAAAACAAAUCUCCCACUUAGAUGGUCAUCAAAUAUUUAUUGAACAAAAUGGGGUUACAAGCGAUGGUCAAGUUAUUCGAAUCAAAGGUGAAGGAUUGAAAAAGAACUUUUUAUUUAAUGGUGAUUGUUUAAUUUCUAUCCAUGUUGAUAUGAAUUCAAUAUCUCAUGACCAAGCAUUGAAAAUAGCUAAAAUAUUAAAUCAAACUAAUUAA